AUGAUUUUAUUCGUAUUAUUAAUUGUUGCGCUGGUAUUCUGGACUGCACAGUUUAGGUUCAGGAGGAGAAGAUUGUAUGAAUUGGCGUCGAGAGUGCCACGUUCGAAACAUACUUUGCCAGUUAUCGGCAUUGCACAUAAAUUGUCAGGAAACACAGAAGACAUAUUGACCUAUAUGAAACAAUUUAGCUAUGAAGCAAUAAAAAGUGAUAAUGGCGUAAUGGCAGACUGGCUGAAUCACCUGCUUUAUUAUGUAAUGGUAAACCCCGUGGAUUUGGAGAUGGUGUUAAGAACAUGCCUUGAAAAGGACGACGUGCAUAGAUUUAUGAGACAAAAUCUUGGUAAUGGCGUUUUAUUCGCAACUGUUCCUUUUUGGAGACGCCGUAGAAAAAUUCUGCUUCCAGCGUUCAAAACGAAAAUAAUUGAAGGGUUUACAGAUAUUUUAGUAGAACACAGCGAACGUAUAACGGAGAAAUUGGGUACUGUAUGUGAGUCUGAAUCAGUCGACCUUUGGCCUAUUGUAACUGCUUAUUCUGUGGAUUCCGUAAGCGAUACGAUGUCGGGUGCAAAGAUAAACGCGCAGAUGGAUCCAAGUUCACCAUUCAUGGCGUGUUUAGAAGAUUCUCUGAAUUUAGUGUGCGAGAGACUUUUCCAUUUGUGGCUGCAUCCUGACUGGUUAUUUAGAUUUUUUCCUCAAUACACUAAACAGAAGAAGUGUAUGCAAUUCAUUUACGGCUAUACGGAUGAGAUAAUACGCAAGAGAAGGGACGAUUUAAAGACUGAAAAACAAGCUGAAUCCAAAACAAACAAUGAAUUGGAUUAUAAAGGAAAGACUUUUCUUGAUUUAUUAAUUCAUUUAUCCGGCGGCGAAAAAGGAUAUACAGACAUCGAACUUCGUGAAGAGAUCUUAUCACUAAAUCUCGCUGGGGCUGACACUAUUGGGAUCUCUAUAGGGUUUAGUCUCAUAUUGCUAGCUAAAUAUCCAGACAUCCAGGAAAAAGUUUAUAAAGAGAUAGAAGAAAUAUUUGGAGGUUCCAGUCGUCCAUUAACUCGAGAAGACUUACAUAAAUUGUAUUAUUUAGAGCGAGUAGUGAAGGAGUCUCUAAGGCUGUUUCCACCAGCACCUUUUCUUUUGCGAAAGGUGGAAACAGAGAUAACAUUACCGUCAGGCCUCAUAGUUCCCAAGGGCGUGGGCAUAGUAGCUUCGAUUUUCGGAGCACAUCGCGACCCCAAGUACUGGGGUCCGGACGCAGAACAUUUCGACCCCGACCGGUUUCUGCCUGAACGAUACACCUUGCAGCACGCCUGUAGCUAUAUGCCGUUUAGUAACGGACCAAGGAAUUGCGUAGGGUCCCUGUACGCAAUGAUGUCAAUGAAAUCUGCAAUAGCAACAAUAAUAAGGAACUUUAAGAUCAUAGGAGAACCGGAAAAGGGACCCAUCCCUAGCAUAAGAACCAAAAUGAUCGUCACGAUGAAUGCUAUUGAAGGCUGUUGCGUGAAACUGGAAAAAAGAAAACUGUGUUCCAUAAAGGCUUGAAGGCUCCUAAUCCUUGUAUUAAUAUACAUUGUUCUUCGUAUUACCUAUUAAAUGAAUGAAUAUUUUUUUUCACUACUCUUGCUCAAAAAAAUUGUCAUAUUACCACUCCACAGCGGGGCUAAACAAGCAUAUUAGCUCUAGGGGCUAAAGUAAUUUUGUUUUUUUUAAUUUUUGUAUGUUACGAGUACUAGUCAAGUACUAGCCUACUUUAUAACGAAGGAGGUUUUAUUCGUAAAUAGAAUCAUCGUAGGUAAGGCCCUUCUUCUUCUUCUUUUGGUUAUAUGGCUCCGCGCGUCAAACGAUUGAGCCAGAGGUAAGGUCCUGACUGUUUGAUAAAAAUAAAACUUGGAAUUGGAAUAAAAUGCAGCGUUCAUGUCUGUGGAAUGCGGUUAUUUGUUUUUAUUUGUUUUUUAUUGAGUUGCGAAUUUAUAGAGCGAGAUUUGAAGACAAGGUUGUACGGUGUAAUACCUUUGACUUUUCUUCAUGGGAAAAAAUUAUAUUAAUAAAGAAAAUAAAAUUAAAGAGCGAGAAUUUAAAAACAAUUAUUGUCGUGAAUAAUCUAAGUAAUUUACAUGUUUCGCAACAUUAAUUGUUAUGUCUUCAUCUAGUGAGAAUGGUGACCCUAAUUUGGAGAUGGAUCAAAAAAGAUUUACAAAUUAAACACCUACUUACGAAAAAUUUAUUAAGUGGAGAAAAGAACAACAAGUGCAUUCUUACUUACAACUUACGCAUGGUAUUUUUUAAACAAUUAUCUAACAUGUUUACCCCUUAUACUCAUUAUUCAACUUCACUGUAGUCGGAAAUUAAGUUACCGAGUAAAAGCAUCUCCCCGAAACAUCCAAAGUUGUAGCAUUUUGUACCUACAUUUUGAUUUUCAAAUAAAAUAAAACAUUGAAUACUGUA